AUGGCUAAAAAGCUCAUGACGACUGAAUUACAUGCAACCAUCCAUGGACUAUGCCUCAAACUUACGCCGCCAGCCACCGAGUGCAUCAGGCAACCAGACUUGCUACGCCAGAAGGAGCGGAGGCAGCGCCGUAGUAGGCAUCCUUGUUCAGGCCUCUUCGAGAAAGCCAAUGGUUUUCCGUGUCACCAUACGCUGCAAGAAGCGAUUACUGCAAGAUCCACACCGAGAUUGAGCAAUUGCUACGAUGAUCACUGGCGCUAUCAACGCGAGCAGGGACCUUCGGUGUUCUUAUCCCCCAGGCCGUACCAGUCUGUUCUGGAGCCCCUUAUAGCUCAAACAAGGGGUGCACCAAGGGGAAACGAAGCAUCCACUCGCCUAGACCUCUCAGCUUUUGAAAGACAUGUGUUAUCUUCUACCCUUCGCUAUCAGCCUUAUGUACCAUAA